AUGGCCGAGCCUCCGCCGUCAGCCAGCAGCCCUUGGAGCAGCGGCUCCGGCCCGGCCCGCUCCCGUCCCGCCCUCAGAGGCGGGGCCGCGCCGGCUGCCGGGCCCGGGGCGCCGAGAGGAGCGGGCGGGAUGGGGCCCGGCGGGACGGAGCCCGCGGCCCUCACGCUGAAGCUGCUGCUGGUCGGAGACAGCGCCGUGGGCAAGUCCAGCCUCCUGCGGAGAGUCACGGACGGCGCCUUUGAGCCGCGCCUCAAACCCACCGUCGGUAUUGAUUUUAAAGUGAAGAAGAUGGUGGUGGAGGGCCGUGCAGUACAGCUGGCCAUAUGGGACACAGCAGGACAGGAGCGUUUCAGAGCACUGACCCCCAGUUACUACCGAGCAGCUCAAGGAGUUGUUUUAGUGUAUGAUGUUACAAGAAAAGAGACUUUCACAGGACUGGGAGGGUGGCUGAAGGAGCUGGAAAUGUACACCAGCAGCAACACUGUGAAGAUGCUGGUUGGCAAUAAAAUCGAUAAGCCUGAUCGAGAAGUGGAGAGGAAUGAAGGGCUCCAGCUUGCUAGGAAACACUCCCUGCUUUUUAUAGAGACCAGUGCCAAGACACAGGAUGGAGUGCAAUGUGCCUUUGAGGAACUGGUCAUAAAGAUCCUGCAGACUCCAGGUCUUGGGGAUGAGAGCACAGGGAAGAAGGGAGUCCAGCUCAUGGAAUCUUCAGCACAGCAGAGGAAAGGGUUAUGUGCUGCCUCCUGUGCACUCGUUUAAAUGUGCAGGUGGCUGCUCUGCCUGACUGGAGGGGACAUGAAAAACAAAAGGGGUGGGGCUGGGAUUCCAAGCACCAAUCUGUGCCAUGUUUGAUGUGCAUCAGUUGUGCAGAUCCAAAACACAAACUCAUUAGCAAAGUACAUUUUUAUUAUUAACAAAAACCAGUGUCUCCUUCCCUUUUGCACAGCUGCUGUCUGCAGAUAUUUUUCUGGUAGCUCUCAGAUUUUUCACUAUUAAAUCACAGUGCUGCUUAGAGUAUUGUGCUCCUGCUGUGUGACAUUCAACAUGGACUUCUGCUGGAAUUCCUGCCUUGGCACAAAUAAGGUGAUAUUCUGGAAUAUUCUGGAAUAUUAUUGAGAAGCUUCUCUUCCCUGGCAAGGCAUGGGAGGCUUUUAGACACCCAAGUUACCUGAAUGCAGUUACUGACCAGGAGUUACCCUGAGCUGUGGGCAGUUUCCUGGCUUUGGAUGCUUUUUAAAAGUCAAAAUUGCUCCAUGUCCCCAGACAGUAAACUGAGUUCCUGGUUAAUUUUAGGGUUCCAGGAAGAGGAUGCACCUUUUAACACUUGUCAGGAAAACCCCCCCUGUUCCCCUGCAGCUGCCCCUGUGCUGUUCUCUUUGCACUGAGCAUCAGGGAUGAAAUGCACUCCUCAUUUUGGGCUGCCUCACACCAUGGCUGUGGUUUUGCAGUCGCUGUGAUUCUCUGCAAACCCUCAGCCAUGGUAAUAAAUUUCAUUUUCAAUUUCAUAGAAAAUGUGCUGCCUUUGGGGCUUUCCACGAGGAUGAGUCUGUCUGUCACCAAUCCCACGAUGAAGUUACCUUUUUGUCUUUUACACUUUUAAUAGCAAUACUGUAUUUUGUUAGCUUACAUUAAAAUAACUGAAAAUUUAAGGUGUACAUUGUAUGUAACUUGUGCCUUGUUUCUGUUAAUGCAGAUUUCUACUGUUAGAUCAUAAAGCAAACAUAGCUUUUUUUACUGCUGGUCAUUCAAAAUAUUUUAAGAUGUUAUUAUAGGAACCUUGCUUUAAAUAAAUUCUGACCCUUAACUUUUUAACUUAAA